GUCAUCCUGUCGUCGCUUUUCAGGUUCCCCCAUUUCGUCCUCCGCGUCUCUCGCCCUCUCUCUUCCUCGGCACCGGCCGGCCGGAGCGAGACGCCGCCAGCCGCCGGCAAUGCCUACGCUGGUCGCCGCCGGCGGGAUGAGAGCUACCGAGCGCGCCCGCCACCCGCGAUCGAGCCACGGUCCCCGUCCGCACCUGGACCACAUCAUGGCUAGGGCGAUGUGCGCCCACGCCAUGGAGGAGUCGACGGACACCAUGGAGGGCAUCAUGCGCGUCGUCCUCACCUGCCUCCCCACCCCGGCGCCCUUCUCCACAUCCCACGGCUCCCUCUCUUCCUCGGCGGGCGGUGGCGGCGGCAGCGGCGGCGGCGGCGAUGACCGCAUCAGCCGCCUUCCGGGCGCGCUGCUCUCUAACAUCGUGUCCCGCCUCCCGGCCAGGGACGCGGCGCGCACCGCCGUGCUCUCCACGCGCUGGCGCCGCGUCUGGGCGUCCACGCCGCUGGUCCUCGACGACGUCGACCUCCUCGACAUCCCCGACGAGGACCUCCGGCGCGGCCACUCCCACCGCGUCGACCUGGCCGCCGCCGCCUCCCGCGUGACCCGCGUCCUCACCUCCCACCGGGGCCCCUACCUCUGCGUCCACCUCACCUGCUGCAACAUGGCCACCCACUGGCCGAUGCUCUCCUACUGGCUCAGCCUCCUCGCCGCCAAUGGCGUCCAGGACCUCGUCUUCGCCAACCGCCCCUACCCGCUCGACCUGCCCCUCCCCGUCGAUAUCCUCCGCAUCCCUUCCCUCCGCAGCCUCUACCUCGCGUUCUGGACCUUCCCGGGCAUCCCCGGCGGCGCGCGCGGCCCCCACGUCUUCCCGCACCUCCGGGAGCUCGGCCUCUGCUUCAUCAGCAUCGACGCCCAGGACCUCGACGGCUUGCUCCAGUGCAGCCCCGUCCUGGAGACGCUCGCGCUCGUCUCCAACUCCUACUCCCCCGCUCACAUCCGCGUGCGCAGCCGCACCCUCCGCUGCGUGCUCUUCUGGAUGUCGCUGGCGCAGGAGAUCGCCUUGGUCGUCGCCCCGCGCCUCGACCGCCUCAUCCUGUGGAAGACGUUCAUGGGUUUCCCCGGCGAAAUCUUUUGCCGCACAAGGGUCAAGAUUGGUUACGCCACAGAGCUGCGAGUCCUGGGCUACUUGGAACCAAGAAUGCACGAGCUGGAGAUCGGCAAUACCACCAUCGAGGCUGGAACAAAGAUGAGUUCAGAUAAAACGGUACCAAGUGUCAAAAUCUUGGCCUUGAAGGUGCGAUUUGGGAUCCGCAAUGAAGCCAAGUUGCUGCCCGUCUUUCUCAGAUGCUUUCCCAAUGUUGAGACAUUACAUGUCAUGUCAGAUGAUGCUCAUGAUCCUACCGGCAAGCUCAAUCUCAAGUUCUGGCAUGACGUCGGCCCAAUCGAGUGCCUGCACUCACACGUCAAUAAGGUGGUGUUUCACAUGUUCAGAGGGGAGCGGAGCGAGCUCGCGUUCCUCAAGUUCAUCCUGGAGAGGGCCGAGGCAUUGCAGAAGAUUGUGGUUGUGUUGGCCAACAGAGACCAGGCCUGGGUGGACGAGAUGCGCGCCAAGCUGAGGCCCCUGGCCAUGGCGAAAAGGGCCAGCAAGAACCCUACGCUCUUGAUCGUUGCGCUUGAAGGUGGUAGUGCUUGGUCCUUCCACAGAGCAUCCGAUCUCUCUGUGAAUGACCCUUUUGACUACUGCUGAAGCUCAAGAUGAUCAGGUUUCAGUAUGACAGUACCUACAUGACAGCCAGUUAGCCAUUUUCAGAUGCUUGACAAAUUUUGCACGACCUAUAUCAGCUCUGACAAGGAUAAGCAGAAUUUGCUGUCACAACUAGUAAGUCUUAACAAAUACUAUUUUAUUCUUGGAGAAUGGGAAGCUUCAUGCUUCAGUAACUACAUAAUGCCAGAUAUUCUUUCAGAUGAUACAGUAGAUAAUAGGCAUGUCUUAUGUUUUACUAGCACAGACAAUGUCAGCUCCCACAAGCAUGAGCACAUAUUUGGCUGUAACAAGCAUGAGUACAACUCUUAACUUGUGGUCUGUGGAAGUGAGAUUUUUGUUGCCACACAUGCCGGGUAUAGGUGAAAGUUUGCAGAAACUACUCAUAUCAACACAUAUAUUUGCAAGAGCUACUUUCGAUCGUCGUGUCAUGUAUGCUCACAAACUGAAUUGAAGCAUUGUUGAUGCAACUUUGGUUAUCUGCAAGGUUUAACUAGCUGUUUGCUGCUAUAGAUGUGUGGUCCAAUGGUUCAUCUUUGAUCAGAGUGCAUUGUGUAUGGCUGUGUGCUGUGCAUGGAAUCAUAUUGUCAUAGCUGUUAACAUGGUACAAAUUACUCCUAGCAUGUGAAUAGAAACCAUGUGUGUGGUCACUUGGAUUGGUUGUCCACAUUGGACUAUCAGGCUGCCCUGGUGUUCGUGAAGUUGUAACCAAACGUAGGCACAAGCAGCUGCAGGGCUCCUGAGCAAUUUGGCUGGAUUAUCUGAUAGCAGAUCAGGUUUUCUCAAUGUUUUGUUUCCGGGGUGACAUGUGCAUAUAUCACUUUUGGUUCCGGGGUGAUAGCAGAGCAGGAUGCACACAAUCAUGAAGACUUAUAUGGCACUUGGUAACAAAUGUACAAUAAUAGACGCUCAGAAGCUUCCUUUGCUCAUCUGUAUCUAAAUUAUCUGUCAGUUCUGGAGAACAAUCAGAAAAAAAAAAGGUGAAGCUUCCUUUUGA